CGGAACGGAACGGAACGGGGCUGCAGGAUGUGUGACCGGAACGGCGGGAGACGGCUCCGGCAGUGGCUGAUCGAGCAGAUCGACAGCGAGCUCUACCCUGGCCUCAUCUGGGAGAAUGAGGAGAAAACCAUGUUCCGCAUUCCCUGGAAGCACGCUGGGAAGCAGGACUACAACCAGGAGGUGGAUGCCUCCAUCUUCAAGGCUUGGGCCGUCUUCAAGGGCAAGUUCAAGGAGGGCGACAAGGCGGAACCGGCCACGUGGAAGACGCGGCUCCGCUGCGCCCUCAACAAGAGCCCCGACUUCGAGGAGGUCACGGACCGCUCCCAGCUGGACAUCUCCGAGCCCUACAAGGUCUACCGCAUCGUCCCCGAGGAGGAGCAGAAGUGCAAGAUCGGCAUCGCCAGCGGGAGCGGCUUGGCCGAGGUGACGGACAUGGACUGCAGCCCCUCUGCCAUCGAUGACCUGAUCAAAGAGCCCCCCUGCGUAGACGAGUACCUGGGUAUCAUCAAGAGAAGCCCCUCGCCGCCGCAGGAGACCUGCAGAAACCCCCCGAUUCCGGACUGGUGGGUGCAGCAGCCCAGCCCUGCUUUGCCCCUGAUGAACGGGUACCCCAGCUAUGAGCAGCAUCAUUCGGGCUACUCCCAGAUGGUGAUCACCUUCUAUUACGGAGGGAGGCUGGCUGGCCACAUCACCACCUCCUACCCUGAGGGCUGCCGGAUCUCGCUCGGCCAACCCUCUGGCCACGGCGAGAAGCUCUAUGUGCCCGACACCCUGGAGCACGUGAGGUUCCCCUCAGCUGACAUGAUCCAGAAUGACCGCCAGAAGCAGAUCACCAAGAAGCUCUUUGGGCACCUGGAACGGGGGGUCCUGCUGCACAGCAACAAGCAGGGCAUCUUCAUCAAGAGGCUGUGCCAAGGCAGGGUCUUCUGGAGCGGGAACACCAUGGUGUACAAGGACAGGCCCAACAAGCUGGACCGGGAUGAAGUGGUGAAGAUAUUUGACACCAACCUGUUCUUCCGAGAGCUGCAGCAGUGCUACAACCAAGGCCGCUUCCCGGACAGCAGGGUGACGCUGUGCUUCGGCGAGGAGUUCCCGGACACGGUGCCGCUGCGCUGCAAGCUCAUCCUUGUCCAGGUGGAGCAGCUCUGCGUGAGGCAGGUGGUGGAGGAGGCCGGCAAGACGUGUGGCAGCAGCCCCAUGCUGCCGCUCGCCGACGAGGCGCAGCCCGACCAGGCCUACAGGAUCUUCCAGGACAUCUGCGGGACGCAUCCGCGGCCGCUCUUCCGAGAGAACCAGCAGAUCGCCGUCUGAGCUGCUGCCCGCUCGGCACAGAGCGGCUCUGCGGGUGGGUCUAGGUCCAGUUUGGUUCCAUUAGUGCCUAAAUGCUCCUUUGGGAAAACGUCCUCUGGUUCUUGUUCUUUGUUUCUGGUCUAGAGUCUGUAUAAACAUGGCAAAAAAAAUGCUGUUUGGGAGUAAGUUGCAUCCSCCCAUGACACAUCUGGAGAUAUUUUUACUGAUAAAAUACUGAGCUGGUCCUUGCAUUUACUGCCCCAGAUAAUGRCAGGAAAGGAGAGCAUUGGGUUGGGGAGCAGGGAUGCUCUGUGCGAGCAGCACUUUGUGCUGCCCCUGUUAGAUACAAACCAGGUAGAGCUGCAGAUCAGCAGCUGCAAAGACCUGCCCUCAUCUGCAACUUGGAUGUGGCUGAAAAUAUCAAUUUGUAAGCAGGCAGCUCCUGGAAACGCUUUAAAAUGAUCAGAUGUAGUAAAUUUAUCCCAGAAAUCUUUUUUCCCAAAGAGAUAGUAGUACUGCUGAUAGAAACUAAGGUAUGCCUUCCAAGGAAAACUUCCUCAAAGAAAUUCCUAUCUUUAUUUUUGCUAUGAGAUUUAUAUUUUUAUCUGUGACAUGGAAUUACUUUGAAAUUUGGAAGCCAGUGCAGAGAUUAUAUAUGUAAAUGUUGGAUAUGGGAACCUAGAAGUUUUAAUUCCUCUAACCAGAGACAGUUUAUAUAAAUAUUAUAUAUAAAAAGAUUUGUUUUAUGUGAAAGGUGUCUUGGUGUAGUGUGAAUAGGCUGGCUUCCCCAACGCGCACAUGUUGCUCUCCCAGGCAUGACCAGCAGUGUGUCCAUGUGGAAAUCCUCACUAACUUGCUUCCUGUGCGUGUGACUAGGACGUGGGCCUCGGGGCUUGCAGCUGGUGACAACCCAGCACCGUGCAUGUGUUGCUAAAGCUGCCUAUUUA